AUGACCGCGAUUUCCUGCCCCAAUGGCGAGACGAGCCAAUACGAAUAUCUUCCUUCGACAGCGGCUUCCGUUAUCUUCAUCAUCGUCUUCGGUACUUUGACUGUUGGCCAUAUCUUCCUAAUGAUCAGAGGAAAGCAAUGGUUCAUGGCCGCCUUCAUUGUUGGCGGACUCUUCGAAGUCUCUGGCUUCGGUGUACGAAUACUGGGUCAUAACAACCCCUGCAACGAUAAUUCAGAGAUCGCCCAAAAAAUCUUGAUUCUCGUGGCCCCCUCUAUCUUUGCUGCGACAAUCUACAUGAUCCUGGGCCGCACAGUUCGAGCCAUCCGCGGGGACAAACUCUCUCCAAUCCGGCCUUCUCGGUUGACUGUCAUCUUCGUCUCCGGCGAUGUUGCCUGCUUUUGCGUCCAGGUGGCCGGUGCUGCCAUUAUGUCUGGGGGGAGUUCCAAUAAAAGCAAUAUCAACUUGGGCAGAUACAUCAUCCUUGUGGGUCUCGCCCUGCAGAUCAUUCUCUUCGGCUUGUUCGUCUUUGUCGCCUUUAUCUUCCACAAUCGCAUUCACAAACGACCCACUGAGGCAUCGUUCCGCCCCCAAAUCCGCUGGGAGAUGAUGCUUUUCGCCCUCUAUGGUGUCAGUAGUCUUAUCAUAGUGCGGAACAUAUUUCGCGUUAUUGAGACUGCUGGAGGCCGUGACGGGUACUUGCUUUCUCACGAGUCGCCUCUGUAUGUCUUCGACUCCAUCCUCAUGGCUGCAGUGAUGGCCGUUCUGUUGUACUACUUCCCCACCUUGAUCCGACCAAGAAAAUCCUACACAACGGACAGCAUGGAGGUUCAACCUAUCCCGGCUGGCCACCAAAACGAAGGAUAUAGGAAAGUUUCUGCUCCGCCUUCGUCUGACUCCAACAUCCACCAUGAGAUUCAGCGAUAA